AUGCUACUUCAAAAAUUCCCUUACUUGAUUCCUUUAUCCAAAAUAGGAAAAGGAGCUCAGGGAAUUGUCUUCAAAUGCUUUCACACACAACUUGAACAAAUAGUAGUUUUAAAAGUGAAUAUUACUCCAGAAGAGCAACCAGAAAGAACUGAGAAAUUAUUUAACUUUAUGAAAACACCAAAUUUGAAGGGUAUUGUCAGAACAUUUGAAUGUAAUUUUUAUGAGUUGCAUAAUAGCAAGUAUAGCUAUUUAAUUAUGGAAAUGGGAUCUCCUUUGGAUCAUGUAAUGUCAGAAAUGCACCAAAAUUAUUCAAAUUUGGAGCAUUGCUUAUCCACUCAAGAUUUGAUUGAAGUUUUACAGUACUUUACUGAAGUUCUUGAGGGUGUCAUCAGUUUGCAUAAUCUAAAUUUCACACACAGAGAUUUAAAGUUGGCAAAUGUAAUAAUCAACAAUGAAGGACAUGCCAAACUCAUUGAUUUUGACAAUUCCAAAGUUAUUCAAUCCAACCACUCAAUAACAGUGAAUAUAGGGACAUGGGAAUAUCUUGCUCCAGAGGUUUAUGAUGAGGAAGAAGGCAAACAAACGGAAAAUUUCAAAAUCUCAAAAAAUUGUGACACUUACUCAAUGGGAUGUGUCUUAAUGAAAAUGAUCUGCAACAGAACAUUGAGUAUUAUAUCAACGAAUGAAGAUUCUGGUUCAUCUUGUUUAUUUGGAGUUGGUAAAAAUUACUUUUUCAAGUUAUUAAGUACUCCACAAGGAGAGGCCAUGCUUCAUCAAUCUAUUAGAAAGGAAAUUGACAAGUUUAUAGAUCCAAAUCUUGAGGUUAUUUGCUCCCAUCCUAAUUCUUUUUUGGAAAAGGUGCUAUUCAAUGAUAUUCUUGGAAGGUGUUUAAUUACAAUGAUCCAAUCUCGUUCAACACACAGAGGACGAAUGUAUUCAUUAUCUCAAAAUUAUGAAUAA